AUGGGCGCGCCGGGGCCAGCGCUGCUGCUGCCGGCGCUGCUACUGCUGCUUGCCCCCAGCGCCCGGGCAGAAGACGAAGUGCUGGAAGAUGUCAGCCCGACCUGUCAAUACGCAAAUCGAUUCAAGCCCCUCAGGAAGUACAUAUACAACUAUGAGGCUGAGAGUUCCAGUGGAGUCCCCAGGACUGACUCAAGGAGCAUCAUCAGGAUCAACUGCAAGGUCGAGCUGGAGGUCCCCCAACGCUGCAGCUUCAUCCUGAAGACGAGCCAGUGCACACUGAAAGAGGUGAAUGGCUUCAACCCCAAGGGCAAGCCCUUGAUGAAGAAGACCGCGAACUCUGAGGAGUUUGCCACAGCCAUGUCCAAGCAUGAGCUCCGGCUGGCGGUUCCUGACGGGGGACCCAUUUUGCUUCACCCGGAGCCGGAGGAGCCUGACCACACUCUGAACGUCAAAAGGGGCAUCAUCUCUGCCCUGCUGGUUCCUCCGGAAACGGAAGACGCCCAGCGAGUGCUGUUUCUGGAUACUGUGUAUGGAAACUGUUCCAGUAACUUCAGUGUAAGAACAAGGAAAGGCAGCGUGGCAACAGAAGUAUCCAUCGAAAGAAACCUGAAAGACUGCGAUCACUUCCGGCCCGCCAGCACAGGAGUUAGCCCCCUCGCUUUGAUCAGAGGCUUGAACCGCCCCUUGUCAACUCUGAUCAGCAGCAGCCAGUCCUGCCGGUACACCCUGGAUCCCAAGAAGAAGCAUGUCUCAGAAGCCAUCUGCAAGGAACAACACCGUUUCCUGCCUUUCUCCCACAAGAAUGGGAUGACGGCACAGAUUACGCAGACUUUGAAACUUGAAGAGACACGUAAUUUCAACAGCCGCCUCUUUGAUGAAGGUACCAGGGAGGUGGGUCUCGCCUUUGAGAGCACCAAAGCCGCGUCACCCCCGGGGCAGGCCGAGGCCGCCAUGAAAACCCUCCAAGAGCUGCAGAGCCUACACAUCUCUGAGCAGAACGCCAAGAGAGCGAACCUCUUCAGUAAACUGGUGUCCGAGCUGCGAGGCCUCAGCGAUGAAGCAGUCUCAGCCCUCUUGCCAAAGCUGUUCGGGGUGUCCAGCCCCAUCACUCUUCAAGCCCUGAUGCAGUGCGGACGGCCCCAGUGUUACGCUCCCAUCCUCCAGUGGCUGAAGAGGGAGAAAGCCCACCCCCUUCUGAUAGACGCUGUAACCUACCUGGUGGCCCUGCUCCCAGGACCCUCUGCCCAGACGCUACGGGACAUCUUCAACACAGCGAAGGAGCAGCAGAGCCGGGCCACUUUAUAUGCUCUGAGUCACGUGGUCAACAACUAUCAUAGGACAGACCCUGCGGUGACCCAAGACCUGCUGGACAUUGCUGAUUACCUGUCGGAGCAGAUUCGCGAUGACUGCACUGGGAACGAAGAUCACACCUACCUGAUUCUGAGGGUCAUUGGAAAUAUUGGUGGAACCAUGGAGCAGCUGACCCCAAGACUCACGUCAUCAGUCCUAAAAUGUAUCAAAAGUACAGAGCCAUCACUGCUGAUUCAGAAGGCUGCCAUCCAAGCCUUGCGGAAAAUGGAAAUUCAAGAUGAGGUCCGGGAAGUCCUUCUUCAGACUUUCCUCGAUGACACCUCUCCAGGGGACAAGCGACUGGCAGCCUAUCUCAUGCUGAUGAGGGACCCUUCCCAGUCAGAUGUUAGCAAAAUCACCCAACUUCUCCCAUGGGAACAGAAUGCGCAAGUGAAGAACUUUGUGGCUUCCCACAUCGCCAACAUCUUAAACUCAGAAGAACUGUAUGUCCAGAAUUUGAAAACGUUAGUGAAAGAAGCUCUGAAAAAUUCCCAACUUCCAACUGUCAUGGACUUCAAAAGAUUCUCCCGGAACUAUCAUUUCUCCAAAUCUCUUUCUCUGCCACUACUCGACCCAGUCUCAGCCAAAAUUGAAGGCAAUCUUAUAUUCGAUCCACAUAAUUACCUUCCUAAAGAAAGCAUGCUGAAAACGACCCUCACUGUCUUUGGAUUGGCUUCAGCUGACCUCUUCGAGCUUGGUGUGGAAGGAAAAGGGUUUGAGCCAACAUUGGAAGCUUUUUUUGGGAAGCAAGGAUUUUUCCCAGACAGUGUCAACAAGGCUUUGUACUGGGUUGAUGGUCAAGUUCCUGAUCAUGUCUCCAAGGUCUUGGUGGACCACUUUGGCUACACCAAAGAUGAUAAACGUGAGCAGGACAUGGUCAGUGGAAUUAUGCUCACUGUUGAGAAGCUGCUCAAAGAUUUGAAAUCCAAAGAAUUCCCAGAAGCCAGAGCCUACCUCCGCAUCUUGGGAGAGGAGCUUGGCUUUGUCAGCCUUCGUGACCAGCAGGUCCUGGGGAGGCUGCUCGUGAAUGGUGCCCGUAUUCUGCAGGGGAUCCCCCAGAUGAUUGGAGAAGUCAUAAAAAAAGGUUCAAAGAGUGACUUGUUUCUUCACUACAUCUUUAUGGACAAUGCCUUUGAACUCCCCACUGGACUUGGGUUACAACUGCAAAUGUCCUCCACUGGAGUCAUCGCUCCCGGAAUCCACGCUGGAGUGAAAAUGGAAGUAGCCAAAAUGCAAGCAGAACUGGUGACAAAGCCCUCUGUGUCUGUGGAGUUUGUGACACAUAUGAGCGUCGUCGUUCCAGACUUUGCUAGGAGCGGGAUCCAAAUGAACACCAACUUCUUCCAUGAGACAGGCCUGGAGGCACGACUUUCCCUAAUGGCUGGGGAGCUGAAGUUGAGGAUUCCUGCCCCAAACAGACCCAUCAAGCUCUUCAGCGGCAGUAACACAUUGCACUUGGUCUCUACCACCAAAACGGAAGCGAUCUCAUCUCUGCCUGAGAACAGGAAGUCCUGGUCGAUUUGCAAGCCUUUCUUUACCGGCCUGAACUACUGCAUGGGUGCUUACUCCAACGCCAGUUCCACAGGCACUUCCUCUUACUACCUACUGGCCGGAGACACCAGAUUUGAACUGGAACUGAAGCCAACAGGAGAAGUAGAGCAGUAUUCUGCCAGCGCAACCUAUGAACUCCAGAGAGAGGGUGAAGCCUUCGUAGACAUGCUGAAGUUUGUGACUCAAGCAGAAGGUGUGAGAGAGACAGAAGCUACCAUGACAUUCAGAUAUAACCGGCAGAGUAUGACUUUGUCCAGUGAAAUGCAAAUUCCAGAUUUUGACGUUGACGUUGGGACAGUCCUCAGAGUCAGUGAUGAAUCUGCUAAGGAAAAAAAGUCAUACAAACUCACCCUGGACAUUCAGAACAAGAAAAUCACUGAGGUCACCCUCACCGGCCACAUAAGUGGUUACGGGAAGGAAGAAGGCAGAAUCAAAGGUGUUAUUUCCAUACCUCGAUUGCAAGCAGAAGCCAGAAGUGAGAUCCUCACCCAGUGGUCUCCCACAAAACUGCUCCUCCAGAUGGACUCAUCAGCUACAGCUUACGGCUCAACAAUUUCCAAGAAGGUGGCAUGGCGUUAUGAUGAAGAUAAGAUUGAAUUUGAAUGGAACGCAGGCACCAAUGUGGACACCAAAAAAAUUAUUUCCAAUUUCCCCACGGCUCUCUCUGAUUAUCCUAAAACCUUGUGUGCACUUGGCAAUAGUAUAUUGGAUCACAGAGUUCCUCAAGCAAAUAUGACUUUCCGGCACAUGGGUUCCAAUUUAAUAGUUGCAACAAACACAUGGCUUCAGAAGGCAUCUAUGAGUCUUCCUUAUGCCCAGAUUUUGCAAGAUUACCUCUGGGGCCAAAAAGAGUUCAAACUGAGGAAAAUAAGCUCGCCAGGCUUCUACAUCCCAGAAAACCUCUUCUUGAAAAGUGAUGGCCGAGUCAAAUACACCUUGAACAAGCAGAGUGUGAAAUUUGAGAUUCCCUUGCCUUUUGGUGGCAAAUCCUCCAAAGAUCUAAAGAUAUUGCAGGCUAUUCGGACACCAGCCCUUAACUUCAAGUCUGUGGGAUUCUACCUGCCAUCGCGAGAAUUCCAAGUCCCCGCUUUCACUAUUCCUGAGUUGUACCAACUACAGGUGCCUCUCUUGGGCAUGCUAGACGUCUCCACAAAUAUCUACAGCAACUCAUACAACUGGUCCGCCUCCUUCUCUGGUGGCAACGUCAGCACAGACCACUUGAGGCUUAAGGCUUCGUACCACAUGAAGGCUGACUCUGUGGUCGAACUGCUCUCGUACCGUACGCAAGGAUCUGCUGAAACAACAUAUGACCCCAGGAAAACAUUCACAUUGUCAUAUGAUGGGGCCCUACGCCACAGAUUUUUUCUGGAUUCAAAUAUCAAAUUCAGUCAUGUAGAAAGCAUUGGAAACAAUCCAGCCUCCAAAGGUUUUCUAACAUUCGAUGCGUCUAAUGCCUGGGGACCAGAGAUGUCUGCUUCAGUAUACUGGGACUCAAAAAAGAAAGAGCAUCUGUAUAUUAAGGAAGCCAAGAUUGAUGGGCAGUUCAGAGUCUCUUCAUUCUAUGCUAAUGGUGCCUAUGGCCUCUCUUAUCGGAAGGAUUCUACCACUGGCCAGCUAAGUGGGAAGUCCAACCUGAAGUUUAACUCCACCUACCUCCAGGGCACCAACCAAAUAACAGGAACAUAUGAAGAUGGAACUGUCUCCCUCACCUCCACCUCGGACCUACAAGGCGGCAUCUUGAAAAAUACUGCUUCCCUGAAAUAUGAGAACUACGAGCUGAUUCUGAAGUCUGACACCAACGGGAAGUAUGAGGACUUCGCCACUUCUAACAAAGUAGACCUGACCUUCUCUGAUCAAAAUGCAUUGCUACGUUCUGAGUAUCAGACUGAUUACAAGUCAUUUAGGUUCUUCGCCCUGCUCUCUGGAUCACUAAAUUCCCAUGGUCUUGAAUUAAAUGCCGACGUCUUGGGCACUGACAGAAUUAAUAGUGGCGCUCACAAAGCAACAUUAAGGAUCGGCCAAGACGGAAUGUCUACCAGCGCGACCACCAACUUGAAGUACAGCCCCCUGGUGUUGGAGAAUGAGCUGAAUGCAGCGCUUGGCCUCUCUGGGGCAUCUGUGAAGUUAACGACGAACGGCCGCUUCAGGGAACACAAUGCAAAAUUCAGUCUAGAUGGAAAAGCCGCCCUCACAGAGGCAUCACUGGGGAGCGCUUAUCAGGCCACAAUUCUGGGUGUCAAUAGCAAAAAUAUUUUCAACUUCAAAAUCAACCAGGAGGGACUUAAGCUUGCAAACAACAUGAUGGGCUCAUAUGAUGAAAUGAAACUUGACUACACAAACAAUCUGAACGUGGCAGGGUUAGCGCUAGACUUCUCUUCAAAACUUGACAACAUUUAUAGUUCUGACAAGUUUUAUAAGCAAACUUUGAAUUUACAGCUAGAGCCCUAUUCCUUUGUUGCUACUUUAAACAAUGACCUGAAAUUCAGUGCCCUGGAUCUGACCAACAAUGGGAAAUUACGGCUCGAACCCUUGAAGCUGAACGUGGGUGGGAAUGUAAAAGGAGCCUACCAAAAUAAUGAAAUAAAACACAUCUACACCAUUUCUUAUGCGGACUUAUCAGCAAGUUAUAAAUCAGACACUGUAGCUAAGGCACAGGGCACAGAGUUUAGCCAUCGGCUCAACAUGAACAUCGCUGGGCUAGCUUCAGCCAUUGACGUCAGUACAAACUACAAUUCAGACUCGCUGCAUUUAAGCAACGUUUUCCGCUCUGCCGUGGCCCCGUUUACAAUGACCAUCGAUGCACAUACAAACGGCAAUGGGAAACUGGUUCUCUGGGGAGAACAUACCGGACAGCUGUAUAGCAAAUUCCUGUUGAAAGCAGAACCCCUGGCCCUUACUUUCUCUCAUGAUUACAAAGGAUCCACAAGUCACCAUCCUGUGUCCAGAAGGAGCAUAAGUACUGCUCUUGAUCACAAAGUUGGUGUCCUGCUCACUCCAGCUGAGCAGACAAGCACCUGGAAAUUCAGGACGCAGCUAAACGAAAAUGAAUACAGCCAUGACUUUGAUGGCUACAACACUAAAGACAAAGUCGGCAUGGAGCUCAAUGGACGGGCCCUGGCUGACCUUACCAUACUGGACUUUCCGAUUAAAGUGCCACUGUUACUCAGUGAGCCUGUCAAUGUAAUCAGUGCUUUGGAGAUGAGGGAUACUGUUGACCAGCCCCAGGAAUUCACUAUUGUUGCUUCUGUAAAAUAUGAUAAGAACCAAGAUGUCCACACCAUCAACCUCCCAUUUUUAAAAAUCCUGUCAGAAUAUUUUGAGAAGAAUCAACUAGUAAUCAUCAGUGCUUUGGAAACUAUACAGAGAGGAUUGAAACGCAUCGAUAUUGAUCAAUUCGUGAGGAAAUACGGAGCGGCCUUGGACAAACUCUCACAGCAAGUUAAUGAUUAUCUGAAUGAAUUCAGUUGGGAGAGACAAGUUUCAAAUGCCAAGGAGAAACUCACUGCUUUUACAAAAAAUUAUACAAUUACAGAAAAUGAUCUAAAAAUUGUAUUGGACAAUGCCAAAAUCAACCUUAAUGAAAAACUAUCUCAACUGCAAACAUAUGUGAUACAAUUUGAUCAAUAUAUUAAAGAUAAUUAUGAUUUGCAUGAUUUUAAAUCAGCUAUUGCUAAGAUUAUUGCUCGAAUCAUUGAAAAAUUAAAAAUUCUUGAUGAACAAUAUCAUAUUCGUGUAAAUUUAGUAAAAAUAAUCCAUGAUCUAUAUUUGUUUAUUGAAAAGAUUGAUUUUAACAAAAUUGGAAGUAGUAUAGCAUCUUGGAUUCAAAAUGUGGAUACUAAGUAUCAAAUCAGAAUCCAGGUACAAGAAAAAUUGCAACAUCUCAAGGCACAGAUUGAGAAUAUUGACAUCCAGCACCUUGCAGAAAAGUUAAAACAACAGGUUGAAGCUAUUGAUGUCAGAGUGCUUUUAGAUCAGAUGAGAACUACAAUUCCAUUUCAAAAAAUAAAGGAAAUUAUUGAGCAUAUCAAAUACUAUGUUAGAGAUCUCAUUGACGAUUUUGAAGUAACUGAGAAAAUCAUAGCUUUUAGGGCCAUUUUUUAUAAGUUAAUUAAGAUGUAUGAAAUAGACCAACACAUCCAGGUUUUAAUGGAUAAGUCAGUACAGCUGGCUCACCAAUAUAAGUUGAAGGAGACUGUUCAGAAGCUAAGCAAUGCCCUACAACAAGCUGGGAUAAAAGAUCACUUUGAGAAAUUGGCUGGAUUUAUUAAUGAUGCUCUCAAUCAGCUUAAAGCUCUGUCUUUUAAAAAUUUCAUUGAAGAAGUUAACAGAUUCCUUGACAUGUUGGUAAAGAAAUUAAGGUCAUUUGAUUACCUUCGGUUUGUAGAUGAGACCAAUAACAAAAUCUCUGAGAUGACUCAAAGAAUCCAUGGCACAAUCCAGGAUCUGGACCUUCCGCAGAAAGCUAAAGCACUAAAACUGUUUGUAGAGGAUGUCAAGGCCAUGGUCUCAGUCUAUCUGGAAAACCUAAAAGGCACCAACAUAACCUUAUUCAUAGAUUGGUUACGGGAGGAUUUAAGUUCGAUGUCUUUAAUUUUGCAGCGACACCAGUCCCUGGCAAGCGCAGCUUACAGCACACUUGUCGCUUACAUUUCCGACUUAUGGAGUCUUGCUGCGAAGAACUUUACUGACUUGGCAGAACAGUAUGCUAUCAGACACUGGGCUGAAAAUCUGAAAGCACUGGUAGAGCAAGGGUUCACUGUUCCCGAAAUCCAGACCGCCUUCGGGACCGUGCCUGCCUUUGAAGUCAGUCUCCGUGCCCUUCAGGAAGCUACAUAUCAGACUCCUGACUUCAUAGUCCCUCUGACAGAUUUGAAGAUUCCAUCAGUUCAGAUCAACUUCAAAAAGUUAGAAAAUAUAAAAAUCCCACUCAGGUUUUCCACACCAGCAUUUACUGUCCUCAAUACCUUCCAUGUUCCUUCCUUUACAGUUGACUUGGUAGAAAUAAAAGCAAAGAUCAUCAGAACCAUUGACCAAAUACUGAACGGUGAGCUGCAGUGGCCAGUUCCGGAAGUUAACCUGAGGGAUCUGAAGGGAACAGACACCAUUUUUGCUAGGAUCACUCUGCCAGACAUCCACGUACAAGAAAUCACAAUUCCAGAAUUUGUAAUCCCAAAUCUUAACCUUAAAGAUUUCCAAGUUCCUGACCUUCACAUCCCAGAAUUCCAACUUCCCAGCAUCUCACACACAAUUGAAAUACCUGCUUUGGGCAAGCUGCACAGCAUUUUGAAAAUCCAGUCUCCCUUUUUCAUAUUAGACGUGAAUGCUGACAUUCAGAAUGUAACUACAUCCGUGAACAAGGCAGAGAUUACGGCUUCCAUCACUGCCAAAGGAGACUCCAAAUUAGAAGUUCUCAAAUUUGAUUUUCAAGGAAAUGUACAACUUCCAGACCCUAAAAUUAAUCCAUGGUCUCUGAAAGAAUUCAUGAGUUUCUCCAGCAAGUACUUAAAAAUAGAGUGUAAGAGCGAAGUACUAUCUUUAGGAAAUGCUGGUGAGGGAAGAUCAAGCAUAGUGGUGGGUUUACACACAGGAAAGAAUACAGUGGAGCUCAGUAACGCUGUGCUCGUCGAGAUAAACCAUCAGCUUACCGUGGAUAGCAACACAAAGUACUUCCACAAGCUGAACAUCCCCAAGCUGGACUUCUCCAGCCAGGCUGACCUGCACAAUGAAAUCACGGCCCUGGUUCGAGAUGGACACAAAGCAUGGACUUCUUCUGGAAGAGGGUCAUGGAAAUGGGCCUGCCCCAGUCUCUCAGAUGAGGGGACACAUGAAUUGCAAGUUAGCAUCACUGAGGAAGGACCCAAUGCUUCCUUUGGAAUAUCUAAUAAGAUCCACAGCAAACACCUGAGAGUAAACCAAACCUUGGUUUAUGACUCUGACUUCGACUUCUGUAAAUUGGAAAUCCAGUCCCAAGUUGAAUCUCAGCAUGUGGGCCAGAGCGUUCUAAGUGCCAAAGGCACAGCACUGCUCGGAGAAAGGAAAGUCGAGAUGGCUGGCAACCAUGAUGCUCAUUUAAAGGGAAAAGUUAGUGGCACUUUGAAAAAUUCUCUUUUCUUUUCGGCACAGCCAUUUGAGAUAACUACGUCCACAAGCAAUGAAGGGAACUUGAAGAUUAGUUUUCCACUAAAAUUGACAGGGAAGGUAGACUUCCUAAAUAAUUAUGCACUGUUUCUGAGUCCUGAUGCCCAGCAAGCAAGUUGGCUAGCAAGCGCCAGGUUCAAUCAGUAUAAGUACAAUCAGAAUUUCUCUGCUGGAAACAAUGAGAACAGCAUCCAGGCCCACAUAGGAAUAAAUGGAGAAGCCAACCUGGAUUUCUUAAACAUUCAUUUAACAAUCCCUGAAACAACUCUACCUUACACAGGACUCACAAUUCCUCAGGUGAACUAUUUCUCCUUAUGGGAAAAAACAGGCUUGAAGGAAUUAUUGAAAACAACAAAGCAAUCAUUUGAUCUAAGUGUAAAGGCUCAGUAUAAGAGAAACAAAGACAAACAUUCCAUCUCAAUUCCUUUGGAUGUGUUUGAUGAGUUUAUCGUUUCCUUCAACAGGCACUUUGAGAAAGUCAGAGACAAGGCAUUAAAUUUUUUUGCCCAGUCCUAUAAUGAAGCAAAACUUAUGUUUGAUGAGUACAAAGUUGAAAAAUCCCUCAGCAACCAACCCAGGAUCUAUCGGAUACCUGGAUACACUAUUCCAGUCGUCAACAUUGAAGUGUUACCAUUCAUAGUAGAGAUGCCGACAUUUGGCCAUGUGAUCCCAAAAGAGAUCAGCACCUCCAACUUCACCCUCCCCGGCUUUGUGCCCUCAUAUACAUUAGCCCCGCCAUACCUGGACCUGCCAGCCCCUCCUGUCCUUUCAGAUAAUCUCAAGUUUAAUUUUCUAGAAUUCAAUGAGUUGGGUACCCUGAACAAAAUUUUAAUUCCAGCCAUGGGCAAUAUCACCUACGAUUUUUCCUUUAAAUCAAGUGUCAUCACACUGAAUACCAAUGUCGGACUUUACAACCAAUCAGAUACCGUUGCUCAUUUCCUCACUUCCUCUUCUUCUGUCAUUGACGCACUACAGUACAAAUUAGAGGGCACCUCACGUCUGACAAGGAAAAGAGGUUUGAAGUUAGCCACAGCUUUCUCUCUGAGUAACAAAUUCGUGGAAGGCAAUCAUGACAGCACCAUUAGCUUAACCAAGAAAAAUAUGGACGCUUCAGUGACGACAACCGCAAAAGUCCAAAUUCCAAUUUUGAGAAUGGAUUUCAAGCAGGAACUUAAUGGAAAUACCAAGUCAAAGCCUACUGUCUCUUCGUCCAUUGAAUUAAAGUAUAAUUUCAAUUCCACCAAGCUGUCCUCUACUGCUACAGGGACCGCUGGUCACAAGCUCAGCUUAGAAAGCCUCACUUCUUACUUUUCCAUUGAGUCAUCUAACAAAGGCGAUAUCAAGGGUGCGGUCCUUCUUCAGGAAUAUUCAGGAACUAUUGCCAGUGAGGUCAGCACUUAUUUGAACUCCAAGGGUGCUCGGUCUUCAGUGAAGCUGCAAGGGACUUCCAGAGUCGACGGUAUCUGGAACCUCGAAGUCGAAGAAAGUUUUGCUGGAGAAGCCACUCUCCGACGCAUAUAUGCCAUGUGGGAACACAACACGAAAAACCACUUACAGCUAAAGGGCCACUCCUUAACAUCUGGAGAGCACGCAAGCAAAGCCACCCUAGAACUCUCCCCGUGGAAAAUGUCAGCUCUUGUUCAGGUCCGUGCAAGUCAACCCAAUUAUCUCCUCGAUGUCAAUCACCUCGGCCAGGAAGUGUCCCUGAAUGCUGACUCUGAGAACCAGAGGGUCAGCUGGAAAAGUGAGAUCCAGGUUUACUCUGGGUCUCUCCAGAAUGACAUACAGCUUUCCAAUAACCAAGAAAGGGCACGCCUUGACGUCACAGGUUCCUUAGAAGGGCCCCUGUGGCUCCUCAAAAAUACUGUCCUGCCAGUUUAUGACAAGAGCGUAUGGGACCUCCUAAAGUUGGAUGUAACCACCAGUACUGAGAGGAAACAGUAUCUUAGUGUUUCCUCGGCUCUUGUAUACACCAAAAACCCCCGUAGCUAUACCUUCUCUGUUCCUGUGCAAGAAUUGGCUGAUAAAUUCAUUAUUCCUGGACUGAAACUAAAUAAUCCAAAUUCAGUUCUUGUCACACCUACACUCCAAGUCCCAUUUACAAAUCUUCAGGUUCCGUCCUACACAUUUAACUUCAGCGAAAUAAAAAUCUACAGGAAGCUAAGUACCUCACCAUUUGCCCUCAAUGUACCGGCCCUACCCAAAGUGAAAUUCCCGGAAGUCGAUGUGUUAACGAAGUACUCUAAACCGGAAGGCUCCUCGGUUCCUUUUUUUGAAAUAACUGUGCCCGGAUCUCAGUUAACGAUGUUCCAGUUCACCUUUCCAAAAAGUAUUUCAGUUGGCACGGCUGCUGUGGAUCUAAAUGAAGUGGCCCACAAGACUGCAGACUUCCGGUCGCCAAACGUCACCCAGCCUGAGCGGACCAUGGAGAUUCCUUCCAUGCAGUUCUCCGUCCCUGCUGGGAUUUCCAUUCCUUCCUUUGGAGCACUGACUGCACAGUUUGGGGUGGCCUCUCCCCUGUAUAAUGCCACUUGGAGCGCUGGUUUGAAAAACAAAGUAGACCACAUUGAAACAUCCCUGGAGUCCACAUGUAGCUCAACCAUGCAGUUUCUGGAAUACGACCUCAACGUUGUAGGAACACACAAGAUCAAAGAUGGCGUGUUAGUCUCUCAGACUAAAGGGACAUUGGAACACCGUGACGUCAGCGCAGAAUAUAAAGAAGAUGGCAAAUAUCGAACAUUGCGGGACUGGGAAGAAGAGGUUCGCCUUGACAUCACCAGCCCAACAUUCACCAGUGUCCAGCUCCACUACCAUGUAGGCGAGAAUAACUACUCCUUCUCAGCGGCCUCCCCAGCCAUAGGCACAGUGGCCCUGGACUCAGAAAACGAAAAUGAUACUUUAAAAUGGAACUUCUACUACCGCCCUCAGUUGUCUCCUAAUAAAAAACUCAACAUAUUCAAACUUGAGUUGAGGUACCAGGAAGCUAAUGACAAAUUUCAGGUGAAAGUUAAUGGGGAAGAAGAGGCAAUGUCUCUUAGCAGUUUACAACUGCUAAACUCUCUGAGAGACAAUGUGCCCAAGGUAACAGGGGCAUUAUAUGACUAUGUCAACAAGUACCACGAGGAGUACACAGGACUUGAUCUGAAGGAUGCUUCUCUAAAAGUGAGAGGAAGGCUGCAAAACAGCACUGAGCGGUCCUAUCAAAAAGCAGUGAGGCAGAUUGAUGAGGUAAACACGACACUUGGGAGGGUAGUCAGAGACGCCACUGGAACCUCCCAGCUAUGGAAUGACAAGGCCCAGAAUCUGUACCAGGAACUGUUGGAUCAGGAAGGCUAAGUCAGUCUCCAGAGACUCCAAAAUAAAGCUCUAGACAGCCUAACAGGAGUUACAGAGGAAUACAAAAUAGUAGUCAGUCAUCUGAUUGGCAAGUUCAUUGAUUACCUGAAGUUCACCAGAUUCUAGCUCCCGGGAAGGGCCGGGACAUACACUAUAGAUGAGCUCUGCACUGGGGUGAUGAGGGAAGUAGGGAAGGUACUUUCUCAGGUAUAUUCAAAAUCUGUAGUAGUAGAAAUACUGUUUUGCUAUUUCCGAGACCUGAUGGAGAAAUCUGAAUUAAUCAAGCACCGAAUGAGUAAAUUUCCUUUUGAUUUGAGGAGUCAUAAAUGAGUAGACAUAACCUUGAAGUUUGGGAAACUAUUGAAAUCUUUAUCACGAAAGGUCCAAAAGGUAUUUAAUUACCUCCAGUCUAAUAAAACUACUACAGAGAUGCUAGGUGAUUUUCAGAGAUAUUUACAAAACAUUUUCCAAGAGAUGGAAAUGAAUGGCUUACAAGAAAAGAAAUUUAUUAACCUCAUUAAUGAUAUCCAACACAAGAUCAACUAAACCUUCACUAGUUAUAGUCAACAUGUUUUUAGAUUCUUGAAAGAAAACCUAUACCUUGAGUUUGGUACGUUUAAUGAACUUGUUUAAAACAAACUCCAGAAAGCUUCUCAUGUGUGAGAGUAGAUCCAUCAGUAAGUUAAGUCUCUUCACAAGGAAUGUUUUUAUCCAGGUGUGGUCAGCUGGACAGUGAAAUACUAUGAACUUGAAGAAAAGAUAAUCAACCUGAUCAAGAACCUAGUCCAUGUCCUCAAGGACCUCCUUGCUUCUCAAAUCUCAAGUGAACCUGAGCAACUCAUGCAGAAAGAUAUCCAGAAAUAUUUUAGCAUCCUUGACAAUACAGAUGGAAAAAGGAAAGAGAAAACUGUAGAGCUUUCUAACAGUGCUCAGGAAAUAAUUAAAAGCUGGGCCAUUGCAAUGGAGGAAAUCAUUUCUGAUUACCGCCAGCACUUCGAAUAUAAACUACAGGAUUUGUCAAAUCACCUCUCUGAUUACUAUGAAAAAUUCAUUGCAGAGUCCAAAAGAUUGAUUGACUUGUCCAUUCAAAACUACCACGUUUCUGAGAUAUAUCACUGAGUUACUAAAAGAGCUGCUGCAA